UACAAACGAACAUAUUUCGACACGAUUUUGGGAAAUCAGGUUGUCGACUAGUCAAUAUCCCGGAUGUAGAAGCAGGAAUGAGGGAGGUCCAAGAUGGCUGUCGCUUCCAUUGAAAAUGUUUAAAAAUCCCCGAAAUCGGCGGCGUUUGUGACUUACACAGACAGGUAUUCCAAUCUUUCGAGCAUGUGUGUCUUAUGAAGUAAUUAGGCGUUUGAUCUGUGGUGUUUUGUUGGAGUAGGCUGGAGAGACAGCGGCCAGGUGACAAGAAAACUGGGUGGUACACGAGAAAGCUUUCCCCGCGAAAAGGCAAAUUUGGAAUCAUGAGUGAUCACUACUACAACCCCGAAAGUCCAACAGGGGACAUGGAUAUCAGUUCAGAAUCAGGCUCAGAGAACGAAGCAGACAAAGAUGACAUCCCUCCCCCACCCCCUCCUCCUGUCGCACAACUCCCGCGGAUAAAAGCCCUCGUAAACUACGACGUGGCAAACACGAGCGAAUCAUCAGACCUCAGCGAGGAAGACGACACAAAGCGAGACAACCAAACGGAGGCCAAGGGUCAAAGUUCAAAGGGUCACGGAGGGAAACCGAAGAGUACAAAAUUUUACCCACUUGUCGAAAAUGGCGAAAAGCACUCGAAAGAAUUAGACUCAGGUAUCACAGACAAAGCUGUGAAGGGACCAGAAAAGAACACCAAGUUCGAACCACUACUAAUAUUCAAGGACCAGAACACGAUACAGAUUCCCAGACCAAUAACAGAAAGAACGGACACUGCUUCUGUAUUUACAACGCAGAGUGAAGACACAAUCUUGGGUAAGACUGAGAAAGAGGAAGACGACUCUAAGGAUGGCGCUGGAAAAUGGAAGCCUGUUGGUUGGUCAGCAUUGCAAGGAAACAAAACCUCAAAAACUGACGUCAAAAUACCUGUAAAGACCAACAGUUUCCUCUCUGUAAAGAAGACGCCCGUAGAUUUCAUCCCGAUGAAAAAGACCACCAUAGACGACGCGUACGGCCUGGAUAUUUUCGAGCAGUCACAGAAACGUAAGGGAGGGAAAGCGAACAAGUCCGGAGCAAUCUCCUUUCAGUUAAGGAAAACAACACUGGGACAAAAACCUAAUAUCAGAGUUUUCAUGCCAAGGCAACUGAAGGUCCGGAGCAGUUCAGAAAGCAGUUUACCUAGAGCGUUAUCUUCUGAAGACCCUUCCCCUCCUCCUGAAGAAACCUUACCGCCACUACCUAAGGAAGAAAGUAAGGAAGUUGUGAAACCUCCUCUACCUACGAUGGAACAAGAAGCAAGCACUAAACCUCCACUGCCAAUUGUAGAACCUGAAAGAAAAGAAAAGCCACUAAUACCUAUCAGCAUAGGUGAUGCUAGUUUAAAAGUACAUUCUUCAACUCCAGAGCGUCCAUCCUCUGGACAAAGUGGUACGUUAAUCGAAAGAAGAGAUUCUAAGGAAAAAAUUUCAAGAUGGAGUGAUGCCUCAGGAGAAAGAAUGCAGCCAAACACAGUAGUGACGGAAAGGAGAGAUAGCAAGGAAACGUCAAGAUGGGGAUUUGAGGCAGGAGUGCAGCCAAACGUACAAGCUGGGUUACCUCACGUGCCAACUAAAUUUGAGGCCUUGCCUGCUAGUGAUUCGCCCAGAACAUUACCAGUUGAACAGGCCCUUGACUCUAUACCACUGCCAUGUGUAGACAGCACUACUGUGGCUGCUUCUCAUGCAAUGUUUAAAACAGACGAGGUGGAGUUACACGGCGGCGCCAAUCACAAAAAUUCCGACCAAUCAGAUAUGGACAUUGCUUCAGAUCAGUCUGAUGUGGAGCGCGCCAAAUCCGCGGAAAGCUCUAGUUCCGACACCGAGGACGAUUCCGAUUCGGACGCAGACACCAGGAAGCGAUUACGCUCGGUUGUAACCGUGGUGGUUACCAAGCAACAGACCUCCAGUCCGUCUAGCACGAAAGAAUCGAAAGAAAAGAAGCACGAAAGUCCAUCAAGCUCAAGAGAACCGAGGGAAAAGAAACGCGACAGAGAAAGGCGGUCGGGCAGUAGAAAAGGUAGCUCCUCGAAAGAUGAUUCUAAAUCCGAACGUCACGAACGCUCCAGGACUAGAAGUAGGAGCGAAAGUUGCAGCAGUAGUAAAACUAGCCCUCACAACGACCAUUCACGGAAUAGAGAAAAAUCAAAGACCAAGUCAGACUCGUCCGAGAUCAAAAGAGAACCUGAAACUUCUAGAAGACGAGAGAGUACAUCCGACAAACAUAGAUCUAUUUCAGAAAGCAAGCCCCAUGGAGCAACUACGCAAGAAGAAUUAAGCAAUGCAAAUAUUCUCCCUGUCAAAGACAAACCUGUAGACUCAAUGGAUACCAAAAUCGGCAAAAGCUUGAGCUGUGCAGUAGAUAAAAUUGAUGUGAAAGAUUCAAACAUUUUGCUUGUGUCUCCAAAGAAAGAACAAAACGUUACACAGGAGAGCAACAUAAAGCCUGUACCAACUGAGGCUGUGCAUGGGGAAACACUGGUGUCCUCUUCUUUGCGACAUGAGCCCGUAGAAAUACCACUCUCGCGCCUUUCUGACGAACAAACAUUUGCCACGAACAGAAAGGAAUUCGAAGUAGAAAGCCUAUCCGGCAAGCAGACUUCACAGCCAGCCAUUGAAACGUUUGCCACAAAGCACAGUGAAGAUAGAUUCAGUCCAAACAAGAAAGAUGAUUCUUACCCUGAGCAUAAACACACAGUGCUGGAAACCCCCAUGUUGGACUCUGAAGAGAGCAGUACACAGCAUAAGGAUGGGAAGGAGAAAGUAGUAUAUCACGCUCUUGUUAACUAUAGUUCACAGGAGGAAGACGAUAGUAGCCGUGCUACAAGUCCAAUAGUAGAAGAAGGCAUCUCUGAAGAAAAAGAUCACAGUAAGACAGUAUCUUCUUCUUCAGGAGGUGUACUUGAAGAAAGCGUAGGAUUUUCCUUAACUUCUAAUGCUGAGAUUAAUACAGUAUUUCAUAAAGAGGGGACCAGACCUGACGAUAUUACUUCACAAUUCAGUCAGACAGCAUCAGAAUGUAAACCUCCCAUGGAAGAAAAAGGUGUGUGGCCAUUGGCUGAAGAAAAGUCAUGUGACACCAAGAGGACCGAACCAAUACCAACUAGAGAGGGGGGUGAGGAAAUGGCAAUACCUGUAGUGUCGGGGACUGGUCGAAGGCAAAAGAAAGCAACGCGCUGGGAUUCAGACACGAGGGAAAAAGUAGAAGUGAAUGAACACUACGUAAUGGACGCGCCUGAAAGUCAUUUUGAAGACAGAUCGCAAGAGCCACGCAUUCUGCAACCACUUCACGGAGACGAAAAUGACGGAGGUAGUACCCCUCUCCAUGAUGAGUAUGAGGAGUUUGAAUCUGAACCAAUCGUUAUGGGGCAUUCGACCAAUGAGGAGAGAGGUCGCUUCUUGAGCACUGUCCACGGCCGGAGCGAAGAAAGAGUGUCAAUCAUGGCAGCUACAUCAACUUCCUCACACCCGCAGCAAGACGACGUGUCGUAUCCCUCUUGUACAAUCCGUCCGAUGCAACCUAGAGUCGACUUGUCCAACCCCUGGGACGAUUACGAAGAGAGCGGAUUGUACGCAGACUUCUCUGGACCGAGCAUGCUUCCACGCGCUCCCAGUAUAUCCGACAGUGCGGCGCCAUGCGAUUCCUCGGCUUCUAAGGACCUUCCGUACGUUUCGAACUUCGUGGAAAGUACACAGAGUACAGAACAACCAUCAGACACUUGGAAAGAAGAUGAAGUAAGAAAUCUUGAUGUUCAGAACAGCAGUAAUGUACAAGAUUCCACACAGUUUUCUGAGCAAGACAGACAAGACUUGGAGCUGACACCAAUCAGGAGAAGUGCACGUCUUAAAUCCCAAGACUCGACCGACUUAAGCAGUUCACCAUCUUUAAGUAAAGAUGGAACAGAGAAACCACAGAGAAGAGUCUCGAUUGAGGUUCCUCAAGAAGCGUCUUCAGAGACGACAGAAGAUGUCUUGAGCGAGGCGUCGGCUGAGAAGGCUGUUCCGGAGAAAGAGAAGAAACCAGAAGAAAACCUCCGCCCGCCAUUCUUUGAAGCAAUUACAGAGAAUCUUUACCUCAGUGAAAGGAAAAAAUCGAAAAUGAGAAAGGAUAUCCGGCGGAUGUUGUGCGAGUGUAUGACAUCGGAGGAAGAGAGGGAUGCUGGGAUAGCUGCUUGUGGGGAGGACUGCCUGAACAGACUGCUGAUGAUAGAAUGUGGCCCCAGAUGUCUGUGUGGAGAAUACUGUACCAACAAGCGGUUCCAGAGGAAGGAGUGCUCCAGAGUAGAACCCUUCAACUGUGGAGACAAAGGGUGGGGACUCAGGGCUGCCGAGGACAUGAUAUCGAACCAGUUUGUAAUGGAGUAUGUAGGAGAGGUGUUGAACUUCAGUGAGUUCAAACAGCGCACCAAGGAGUACAACAGACAGAAACAGCAUCACUUCUACUUCAUGGCUCUCAAGAACGAUGAGAUCAUAGAUGCGACUAAGAAAGGUAACGUGUCCAGGUUCAUCAACCACAGCUGUGAUCCUAACUGUGAGACACAGAAGUGGACUGUGAAUGGAGUUUUGCGGGUUGGUUUCUUCACAAGGAGACCUAUUUCUGAUGGAGAGGAGCUUACCUUUGACUACAAGUUCCAGAGAUAUGGUAAGGAAGCCCAGAAAUGUUACUGUGGAGCUGCCAACUGUAGAGGUUACCUGGGUGGUAACAAGACCACACCUGUCAGACAGAGGACCAAGAAGAAAGUGGAAGACAACUUGUUGGAUGAGGAGAUAGACCAGAUGGCAGAGGAGUGUGAGGAGGGACUCACCGAAACUGAGCAGGUGCUCUACCUCUCCAGACUAAUGGUACGGUCCGAGACAGUUCAACAGAGAUUCACACUUCUCAAGAUACUCCUGGCGACUGAUAAUCAGUCGUGUCUGAAGGCAUUCCUGAGGUACCACGGCCUGUCACUCAUCUGGAGCUGGAUGGUAGACAUGACUGACGGCUCCGCCCCUCCAGACCUGCAAGUCAAGGUCCUCCGCUGUCUGAGUCAUCUGCCAAUCACCAAUCGCACCAUCCUGGACGAGUCAAAGGUCAUGGCCGUGGUGGAGCGCUGGGCAAAGCAGCUGGCCAAUCAGCAGCCUGCAGAUGCGGACACAGAAUCCUCCAGCGGUGAACCGUUGUCGCGGUCGGCCACGCCCCUGACCCUCAGCCUGGCAUACAGAAACAGUCCAUCAGAGCUGAAGUCAGAAAGUGAGAAGAACUCUGAGAGCGACAACGAGCGAACACCCGCAAAGAGACGCAGAGUACAGCUCCUAGAAGACAUGGAAAACGUCAAAACUGCUGAAGACAAGGACAAGAACGAUGUGACCUGCUCCACACAGUCUGAAGAGACAGAAGAAAAGAAGCAGGAAGAGGAGGAGAAGAUAGAAAGAAUGAUGGAGACAAGAAAAGAGGUGGCAGACACCAGCAGUGAUGCUAAGAAAGGUGCAAAGGAUUCUGGGGAUGGGGAGGAGGACUCCAAUGAUACAAGAGAAGCGGACCCCACAGCGGAGUCAGGCAGCAGCAGUGCAAAGCCUGCUGGGAAUGGCGAGGAUGACGAGGAAAGCUCGGACCUGGAGAGCGAGCAGAGUCAGGAGCCCGAGCGGCCCGGCGGGAUCGCAGAGAUGGCGGCACAGCUGCUGGAGUCAUGGAGUUCACUCAAGGAAAUAUACAGAAUCCCCAAGAAAGAAAAAGAAAAGAGGGAUUCAGACAUAGAAUCCGAGCCAGACCCAGAGAGAGAGAGGGAAAGAAGGGACAGGGAAAGAGAUCGGGAGAGAGACAGAAGAAGAGAUUUCAAAGAGGAGGAGAGAAGAGAGGAGCAUCCUUGGCGCAUGUCUGCUAAGAAGAGACCUCUUGAAGAACCUGAUAGUCACUCUACUCCAAUCAAGGCACGGUGGAAGGAGCUUAGGAAGAAACCUCUGGAUAGACCAAGGAGUCCACUCAUCAAGCUUAGCAAGGAGGAGAGAAGAAGACUCUUUGAGAAGAAGGUUGCUGAAGAGGAAGAGACCAAACAACGUGAACAACAGGAACUGUACAUGCACCAACUCCAGGCACUCCAAGCCUUGGGGACGUUCGACCCAAAUAUGGCACAGGCUUUUCAACAGGAGGGGGCGCCCCUGUACCCCGGCGGACCCCAGCACGCGCCUGAUGUCUCCAUGGAUACCAGUCACAUCGUACCGGGACAACCUGUCGAAAACUUACCACAGUAUCCGCCUCAGGACUUCCUGGAUGACAGUAUAGGUGCAGACCCUAUGGACCAAAUGAGUAGGAGUCUGUUAGAUAGCAGCCUGAACGUGUCACACCUGUCAGGACUGGAGGACCCUUCAGGAACCCCCACUUCCUCACUUCCUACCACUCCUCAGCCUAUACCAGUACUACAGUCCAAUGUACCAGUCCAUCCAGUCACUAGCAGCCAGCCACCCCCAUCAGUAGUGGUACAGUCCGUGCCCUCUCCUCAGGUCAGCCACAUGCAGCAACCAGUCCAGCCUCAGCAACAGCAAUUGCCAGUCACACCACAGCCACUGCCAGCUGCACCCGUACAACAACAACAACAACAACAACAACAAUGGGAGCAGGGUCAGCCGGUAAGCUUCGUGGUGAACCCACAGCAGCAGCAGCAGCCACCGUACGACAUUCCACAGCCGCCCAUCGUUCCACCACAUCAGAUACCUCCACAACAACAGCAACAGCAGCAGAACAUUGUGUACCAGCAGCCAAUGGCGUACACAGUGCAACCCACCUACGUGCAACCACAACCUCCGCCUCGGGCAGUCCUACCUCAACCACCACAGGUUCAGUACAUCCAGCCAGGUCCGGGAGACAGCCAGUUCUACCCCCAGCCUCAGGGUGUGAUGAUCCAACCUAACGUUACCUACUCCCAGUCUGGACUGGUACAUACUCAGGUCAUGCAGCCUAUACAACAGACAAACCCAGUGGGACCCUCCAUCCUGGGAUGGUAUUGGUAAUGAACCAGAGUUAGGGGGAGAUGAGGCAGACAUGGACCUGGGAACACCUACACAUGAUGAUCACCACAAGGGAAAGAGAAAACCCACAAAGGCUGAUGCUGACACCUCCAGUGAGACAGCACGCAAGUGUAAGGAUGUCUUCAGGAAAAAGAUGGCGACUUUUGUCGUCUCGAUCUUAAACCCGUACCGGAAGCCUGACUGUAAGCACGGACGCAUCACGUCGACGGAAGACUUCAAACACCUGGCGAGAAAGCUUACACAUGGGAUCAUGAACAAGGAGCUCAAACACUGCAGGCACGUGGAAGACUUGGAAGUCAACGAAAACGUCAAGAGCAAGGCGAGAGAGUACGUCCGCAAGUACAUGAGCAAGUUUGACGGACUGUACCAGUCUUCGCCUCGAGAGGACCUUUAAGUCAAAACGGAUCACUGAGUCUUGUACAGUAAAGUUGAAAGGUUACCAUGGAUGCUAUGCAUCCAGUUGGACUCUAGUGUGAUCACAGUGGACUAACAGUAGCUCUUAAUUCGUCAGCAUUGGGCUGUUAAAGUCACACAUUUUUGUCUCUUAUUCUGUGUCCAACUGACAAUGACCACAACAGUGUAAAAUAGUUGUAGCUCAAACGCACUGUUUUUUUAUACAUAGAGCAGAAAACAUCAGGAAAUACUUGUAAUUAUGAAAAGAAUUUGGUGCUUUUUCCAGAGUGUCGGCCUUCGUGAGGUUCGGGCACUCUUGUAAUGUAAGUCAAGUGUACAUAUUACUACCUUGCUGUGACCCCUGUUUUUGAAGUGGACUAGUCCAAAAAAGUGGUAAACUAAUGUAGUUGUAGGACCUAAUACUUGCAUAUUUGCCAAUACAUUCGGUGCUGAUGUACACAAUGUACAGUAUAUUUUACUAGACUGGGGGUUACAUGGUAGAUUGAGGUUCAAACACCCCCUUGAACAAAUGGUGUGGUCCAAAACCCUACAUGUAGUGACCAAAGAUCAGAAAACAUCAGAAAAUUUGUACACAAUAAGUCAUUGUGAAAACUUUUCUUUUUUUGAAUAGUGUUAAUUCAAAUUUUGUAGAAACACUUUUUUAAUGUUUUGUUUUGUAAAUGUUUUAAAGGAAGCAAGGUUAUAGGGAAUGAUACCAGAUUAUCUGGAAGUUGUCUAUGGGUAAUUUGUAAAUGUGUGUUUUAGCGCAUGUAAAAUGGUACGUUGUAGCAUUGAAUUUGUCUUAAUAACAACAGUAUCGGAAGACAGGUUAACGAUAGGUUGUAUGAAUGUAAUGCAUUGCAGUACACUGGAAAAGCUGCAUAUUUUGUACUUUUUGUAGGGGCUUUUAUUCAAUGUUAGUACAAUACAUUACAGUGGAAUGGUAAAUUGAAACACAGCCAUAACAAACACGUCUCCAUUGUG